AUGAACCGCUUCACCAACUCGGCUACCACUUCUGCUACGCUUCCCAUUGGUGCGUACGACAUGGCCUCGCAGCUAGAGUACGCCCAGGCGCUGGAGCACCACGGCGGGGUCGGGGACGCCGAGGCGGCGGACGACGCGGUCGACCAUGUGGCGCUUAUCAAGGAGCGCGUGGCAGCCGGCGACGUAGCGGGUGCCGAGGACAUGGUUGGGCGGCUCUUGCCGGCCAUGGGCAUCACGCCCCACGUCGUCGCCUUCAACAUCGUCAUGGACGGCUACGCCCAGGCCGGACGGGCCGAAGACGCGCUGGGCGUUCUGGAGCUGAUGGAGACGGCAGGCGUUGCGCCGACCGUGGUGAGCCUCACCACGCUCGCCGCGGCAUACAUCGCCGCCGGCGAGCCCCAGUGCGCAGCUGACGUCGUCAACAUCACCAUGCCCUCGCUCGGCAUCGCGCCCAACACCGCGACGUACGGGCUGAUGAUCAAGGCGGCCAUGGCCGAGCGCAAGGUCGACGUCGCCCUCAGCUGGCUCGAUGCCAUGGAGGCAAGCGGGGUGCCCGGCGAUGCGACAGCAUACGGCACCGCCAUCAACGCCAGCGCCAACGCCAGUGACGCCCAUACGGCAGAAGCCAUCCUUGCCCGCAUGCUCGCUUCCGGUCUUGUCCCGGACGUCAUCGCCUGGUCGGCGCUGGCCAAGGCUCACGUCCGGGCCCGAUCGCCGGCUGCUGCCUCCCAGGUGCUUGACCGGAUGCUUGCCGCGGGCGUCGCGCCCAACGCAAAGACUUACGGCACCAUCAUAGCCGGCUACGCCGCAGCGCGGCAGCCCGAGCGUGCCGAGGCGCUGAUGGACGAGCUCCUCGCCGCAGGUCUCACGCCCGACGUCGUCACCUUUACCUCGCUGAUGGAGGCCCACGCCCGAGUUGGCGAUGUCUCUGCCGCCGAGCAUACCCUGGCACGCAUAACCGCCGCCGGCCUCACGCCCAACAUCUACGCCUUUGUCACCCUCAUCAAGGCCCAUCGCAACAACCACGCCAGCUCGCCCGCUGCGCGUGCCGAGGGUGCCGAGGCCGUCUGGGCCGCCAUGGCUGCAGCCAAGCUGAAACCGAGCCCGCAGGCAUACUGCGUCAUGCUGCGCACGUUUGCCAACGCCAAGCCUGUGCGCGUCGCCCGCAUCACCCGCUACGUAGACGCUGCCAUCACAGACGGCUGUCUCAACCAUCACGUCGCCUCGGCCGCCUUGUGGGCGAGCUACCACGCCCGCGACAUCGCCCUGGGCACGCGCGUCCACAACGCGCUGCUGGAUGUCUGCGGCGACGACGACGAGAAGACCGCCCAUGUCUGGCGCCUCAUCCAGGACCCAAUCCGCCGCCGCUGUCGCUACGGCAGCCGCUGCGGCCGCUUCGACUGCGCGUUUGAUCACACCGCGUCGUCGUCGUCGUCGUCGUCGUCGUCAGCUCCGCGCAGCGAUGGUGUGGUGGCGCUGAUGCAGCUGCCGCCGUCGCUAUUCGGCGAUCGGACCAAUGCCGCCGGCCGCUGA